GUUCCUGGUCCAUGAUGAUUCCUUAGCUGAAAUUCUACUCUGCUUCCGUCUGAUAAUUGUUCCGUUGCUUUUUUAGAAAUUAAAGUGGGAUGAAGUAUCGAAGUACGGUUGAAAUGCGGCGAUAUGGUUUUUUCGUUCACAUUACGAUCAUCCUGCAUUGCAAACCUAUGACAAGAGAAUAGGUGGUAAUAGAAUCGGUAAUAUAACUUGAUAAAUUAAAAAGAAUUACAUAAGCGAAGUAGUCGAGCGUAUCUCCGUCCAGAGACAUGGAACAAUAUCGUUGUUUUGUAACAACUAUUUAGCCGUCAACUUGUCUCGCCCAUGAUGCGAGCAUUUUUAGUGUGGUGAUUUAUAAGCGAGUGAGAGCAAAAAUGAAGAACGUUAUUCGGAAGAAAUCAAUCUACGCGAGAUGGCCAAGGUGAUUUCUGUUGCUCUGUGUUGCAUUUGCUUACUACUGCUCGAGUCUGCAAACUCGUUAAGAUGCAAAACAGGUGUCCAGCAAGCGGAUGAUCAAUUUCGUAAAGUUGUGCAGGUCUGCAAAAAACGACACAGUGGUAAUAACAAUGGUGAUUCAUCGUCGAGUGAAGAUAAUGAUGAAGACUCGGAUAUAUUGAACAAGUUCUUCAUGAAAGGCAGUGACUCCAAUACGCAAUCUUGGAAAUACGGGAACGAACAAAGAAGCAAUAGUGAUUCGCGUCAUUCGUUCAAUCAGACGAAUGAAAACUGGAGAAACGUGCAACGUCCUAAUCACAGCAAUAAUAAUCGCGAUUUUGGAUAUUCUGAUGGAAGCGCCAGAAGUAAUUUAGCCUUCGAUCAAAUGAAUAAUAACUUUGGGAACUUCAACAAGAACCAAGAGCGGGCCUGUAUCAUGCAGUGUUUCUUUAAUGAACUGAACGCGGUGGAUCGUAGAGGAUUCCCCGAGCAGGAAUUAGUUACCAAUUUGAUGACACACAACGUACAGAAUCCGGAGCUGCAAGAUUUUAUGGAAGAAGCAGUCAUAGAAUGUUUUCACUUUCUCAGUGUGGACGUGAGGCAGGACAAGUGUUAUUUUUCGCAAAAUCUCUUGUCUUGCUUAGCCGACAAAGGAAAGGAAAGAUGCGAAGAUUGGAAUAAUUAACGGCGUAGGCGUUAUAAUAAUCGAUCGACCUAACCUAACUAAUAAUUUCUGUGGAAAUGGGAAAAAAGAAUUCUAUACAAGCUGAAAAAAAUAUCAUGUAUGAAUUUUUGAGCAUGUAGUGAUUACAUAAUGGUAGAUAAUAAACACUAUAAACAUUAA